AUGGGUUUGAAUUACAGAUUGAAUGUUUGCAACUUUCUGUUGCUUGUUUUGUUACUGAUCGUCAUCUCCUCGUUUGCUUACUCUUCAUCAUCAUCAUCAUCAUCAUCAUCAUCAUCACACGAUGAAGUAUCCAAUAUUGCACCAUCUGUUGUGCCCUCAAGAUUCAGAGUGUUCUACAUCAAGAACGCAACACCAUUGUUGUUAGUCGACAAACAAGAAUUGAAGAAGCAGCUCAGAUCAAAAAAAGGAAAGAAUAAGAAGAAGAAGAAGAAGAAUACGAUGACGAAGAGAUCAAACUUCAAGAACAGCAAUAUUAAUAUCAAUGGUGGAAGCAGGCCUUUCUCAGCCAUGCUUCCAAAGGGUUUGGUCCCUCCCUCCGGUUCGUUGCCGUGCCACAACGACUAUCCUCGAUCAUCAGCCACCUUCAUCUACUGCGAUCUCUCCUCUACCCAUAAACCCUAG